AUGAGCUAUUUUCAAAUACCCGGUUCCCUUUGCGAUGAAAUUCAGCCCUACUCCCCUCUGGCCAGAGUGUUGAAAGCAAGAUACCACAAAGACUAUUCAAUUUUGGAAGCUUCUGAGGGUCAUGCUCCAUCUUAUAUCUGGAGGAGCCUGUGUGAUUCACGAGUUGUAUUAGCUAGACGUUCCCGCUGGCAAAUUGGGAAUGGUUGGUCGGUGAAAGUGUGGGGUGAUCGUUGGAUCCCAAAGCCCAACUCUUUUCAGAUAACUUCAGCAACUGUGACAGGUCAUGAAAAUGUUUUAGUAUGUGAGCUUAUUAACCCGGUCUUGCAUAAGUGGCAUGAGGAUCUGGUCCAUGCCUGGUUUGGUGCUCAAGAGGCCUCUUGUAUUCUUCACCUCCCACUCAGUUUUAGAAUCCCAGCUGAUCGGCUGGUGUGGCACUAUGAAAAGCAGGGUGAUUUGACUGUGUGUAGUGCCUAUGAGGUAGCCCGCCAGUUCCUUUUUGAGGAGGCUGGGGAAGGCUCAUCCAAUCGUGACAACUACUACGGUGUCUCAACUAAGGCAUGGUCUCGGCUUUGGUGGGUAUGUGUUCCACCAAAGGUAAAGGUUUUUGUUUGGAGGGUACUCCAUAAUAUUCUCCCUACCAGGGACCGAUUGCUCAGUGAGGGGGUCCAAGGCGAUUUAGGUGGUUGUGUGUUGUGUGGAGCUCAGGCGGAGUCCUUACCUCAUGUUCUAUUGGAUUGCUCUUUCACGGCCUUAAUUUGUCUAAGCAGUCCUCUGCGGACAAAAUGGCGUGAUCGUGCAAUAGGGGACCUCAAUGGAUGGCUGGAACAUGUCCUGCUACGUGAGGACAGCCAACGAUUGAACUCCUCUUCAUGCUGCUAUGGAGUCUAUGGAAUGAGCGAAAUUCGGUGGUCUGGACGGCAACGCGUCAGAGCAAAAUGGCAGAAACCUCUGCUUGGAGCGAUCAAGAUCAACGUAGAUGGAGCUUUCAAUGUGCAGAUUAGCACUGGUGGUGGUGGACUUAUCGCCCUCCUAUUCGCAAGGGGACUUGAUCCUGGGCCUAAACUAAUUGAAAGGGAUGCACAAGACGUGUUUCAGAACAUCAUAGCUGAGCGAGAGGACAGAUCCCAACUCAGCUUCUUGAUUUCAGAUUGCAGAUCUCUGCUUUUCUAG